GCGCGGCGCCACCUCAGAGUGUCUGGGUGUGGACGCCCCUGGCUCCUCCCACAUGUCAAGUCACAGCGGGGAGCUGCGGAUCCUGAGCGUUUACGGACAAGGGGAGGGCCCACUGGCGGUGGAUGGUUGGUGGAAGGUUUCUCCCAACAAUGCCAAUAUGAUCGUACACAUGAGGACCCGACCAGACGAGAAGCCGUACGGGUGUGACCAAUGCACGAAGAGCUUCAGUCUAAGUGAACACCUGAAGGGCCACAUGAAGACUCACACCGGGGAGAUGCCCUACAAGUGUGACCAAUGCACGAAGCGCUUCAGUCAUGGCGGCAACCUGAAGAACCACCUGAGGACUCACACCGGCGAGAAGCCCUACAAGUGUGACCAAUGCACGAAGCGCUUCAGUCGGACAAGCAACCUGAAGACCCACAUGAGGACUCACUCCGGCGAGAUGCCCUACAAGUGUGACCAAUGCACGAAGCGCUUCAGUCAUGGCGGCAACCUGAAGAACCACCUGAGGACUCACAACGGCGAGAAGCCCUACAAGUGUGACCAAUGCACGAAGCGCUUCAGUCGGACAAGCAACCUGAAGACCCACAUGAGGACUCACUCCGGCGAGAAGCCCUACAGGUGUGACCAAUGCACGAAGGGCUUCAUUGUGAAAGGCACCCUGAAGAUCCACAUGAAGACUCACACCGGGGAGAAACCCUACAGCUGUGACCAUUGCAAAAAGCGCUUCGCUCGGCAUGGCUACCUGAACGUCCACAUGAGGACUCACUCCGGCGAGAAGCCCUACAAGUGUGACCAAUGCACGAAGCGCUUCAGUCAAACAAGCCACCUGAAGAGCCACAUGAUGACUCACUCCGGCGAGAAGCCCUACAGGUGUGACCAAUCCCCGAAGCGCUUCAGUCAAACAAGCCACCUGAAGAGCCACAUGAUGACUCACUCCGGCGAGAUGCCCUACAAGUGUGACCAAUGCACGAAGCGCUUCAGUUGGACAAGCAGCCUGAAGACCCACAUGAGGACUCACUCCGGCGAGAUGCCCUACAAGUGUGACCAAUGCACGAAGCGCUUCAGUCAUGGCGGCAACCUGAAGAACCACCUGAGGACUCACACCGGCGAGAAGCCCUACAAGUGUGACCAAUGCACGAAGCGCUUCAGUCGGCAUGGCGACCUGAACGUCCACAUGAGGACUCACUCCGGCGAGAAGCCCUACAAGUGUGACCAAUGCCCGAAGCGCUUCAGUCAAACAAGCAACCUGAAGGGCCACAUGAAGACUCACACCGGGGAGAUGCCCUACAAGUGUGACCAAUGCACGAAGCGCUUCAGUCGGACAAGCAACCUGAAGACCCACAUGAGGACUCACUCCGGCGAGAUGCCCUACAAGUGUGACCAAUGCACGAAGCGCUUCAGUCAUGGCGGCAACCUGAAGAACCACCUGAGGACUCACACCGGCGAGAAGCCCUACAAGUGUGACCAAUGCACGAAGCGCUUCAGUCGGACAAGCCACCUGAAGAUCCACCUGAGGACUCACUCUGGGGAGAAGCCCUACAAGUGUGACCAAUGCACGAUGCGCUUCAGUCAGACAUGCCACCUGAAGGACCACAUGAAGACUCACACCGGGGAGAAACCCUACAGCUGUGACCAUUGCAAAAAGCGCUUCGCUCGGCAUGGCUACCUGAACGUCCACAUGAGGACUCACUCCGGCGAGAAGCCCUACAAGUGUGACCAAUGCACGAAGCGCUUCAGUCGGACAAGCCACCUGAAGAGCCACAUGAUGACUCACUCCGGCGAGAAGCCCUACAGGUGUGACCAAUGCCCGAAGCGCUUCAGUCAAACAAGCCACCUGAAGAGCCACAUGAUGACUCACUCCGGCGAGAUGCCCUACAAGUGUGACCAAUGCACGAAGCGCUUCAGUUGGACAAGCAGCCUGAAGACCCACAUGAGGACUCACUCCGGCGAGAUGCCCUACAAGUGUGACCAAUGCACGAAGCGCUUCAGUCAUGGCGGCAACCUGAAGAAGCACCUGAGGACUCACACCGGCGAGAAGCCCUACAAGUGUGACCAAUGCACGAAGCGCUUCAGUCUAAGUGAACACCUGAAGGGCCACAUGAAGACUCACACCGGGGAGAAACCCUACAGCUGUGACCAUUGCAAAAAGCGCUUCGCUCGGCAUGACAACCUGAAGGUCCACAUGAGGACUCACUCCGGCGAGAUGCCCUACAAGUGUGACCAAUGCACGAAGCGCUUCAGUCAUGGCGGCAACCUGAAGAAGCACCUGAGGACUCACACCGGCGAGAUGCCCUACAAGUGUGACCAAUGCACGAAGCGCUUCAGUCGGACAAGCAGCCUGAAGACCCACAUGAGGACUCACCUCGGCGAGAAGCCCUACAGGUGUGACCAAUGCCCGAAGCGCUUCAGUCAAACAAGCAACCUGAAGAGCCACAUGAUGACUCACUCCGGCGAGAUGCCCUACAAGUGUGACCAAUGCACGAAGCGCUUCAGUCGGACAAGCAGCCUGAAGACCCACAUGAGGACUCACUCCGGCGAGAUGCCCUACAAGUGUGACCAAUGCACGAAGCGCUUCAGUCAUGGCGGCAACCUGAAGAAGCACCUGAGGACUCACACCGGCGAGAAGCCCUACAAGUGUGACCAAUGCACGAAGCGCUUCAGUCUAAGUGAACACCUGAAGGGCCACAUGAAGACUCACACCGGGGAGAAACCCUACAGCUGUGACCAUUGCAAAAAGCGCUUCGCUCGGCAUGGCGACCUGAACGUCCACAUGAGGACUCACUCCGGCGAGAUGCCCUACAAGUGUGACCAAUGCACGAAGCGCUUCAGUCGGACAAGCAACCUGAAGACCCACAUGAGGACUCACUCCGGCGAGAUGCCCUACAAGUGUGACCAAUGCACGAAGCGCUUCAGUCAUGGCGGCAACCUGAAGAACCACAUGAGGACUCACUCCGGCGAGAUGCCCUACAAGUGUGACCAAUGCACGAUGCGCUUCAGUGUGAAAGGCCACCUGAAGAUCCACAUGAGAACUCACACCGGCGAGAAGCCCUACAGGUGUGACCAAUGCACGAAGGGCUUCAUUGUGAAAGGCACCCUGAAGAUCCACAUGAGGACUCACUCCGGUUAGAAGCCCUGCCUGUUAGUGCAUUGCAACGCCAGCUACAGCGACCCAAGCAAUUUGAGUGUGCACAUGCUUAAGCACACGGGCAAUGGGGUGCUUUCACACAGGGUAACGGGGCGCUUUGAUUGAGAGCUCUGUCCGGUAUUUGUCGAAAUUAAUGCUUUUAGUUUUUCUUUUCAUCAGGAUUAAACAUUUUCCAGCUUUUGA